GGUUAAAGUUUUAACAUAGGGAGAAAUAAAUUAAAAUUGAACAACGAAUACAGCAAAUAAGAACUGUUGGUUGGGAUGUCCGAUUUUAGUUUGUGACGUCAUGCGCAAAACAGUUCAUGCCUCAUUCCCUCCGUAUAUCUAUCCAGCUGUCCGUGGUUUGGCAGUCCGGUGAACGAUAUUUUCUCAGGGUGAUUACUACGUAGGUUUUAUGUUGGUGGCCAUUCCCACGAACGACAAGUGGAAAUUUAAGGUGUUAAAAUAUCGAUAAACGAUCUAGUGCCAAUCGGAAACCUGUUAAGUAAAACUGAUUUUGAACAACCUAUAACGGUAUUAUACGGGUAGGGUGGCCUUCGAACUGACAAAAGGUAAAGACGUACGCAGCAGAAACAACUGGCGUUUUCUCGUAUAUGUGACGAAGUUGUACGAAGUAAACCGUCGUGUAGGACUUAGUUGUUUCUUUUAUCAGAGAAGCAGCGUUAACGUGAGCUGUCGACGGUAUUGUAACGUUCUGGAAUAUUUAUCCGUAUCAACGAUUUGGGAGCGACGAGCCCACUCGUGAGGGAUGUCUACCCCUGCAAGAAGGAGACUAAUGAGAGACUUUAAGAGGCUACAAGAAGAUCCACCCACUGGAGUAUCGGGAGCACCUACAGACAAUAAUAUUAUGAUAUGGAAUGCAGUUAUCUUUGGACCUCAUGAUACUCCAUUUGAAGAUGGUACUUUCAAACUUACAAUAGAAUUUACAGAAGAAUAUCCAAAUAAACCGCCCACAGUGAGAUUUAUUAGUAAGAUGUUCCACCCUAAUGUGUAUGCUGAUGGAGGCAUAUGUUUGGACAUAUUACAGAAUCGUUGGAGCCCUACUUAUGAUGUAUCUGCUAUUCUAACAUCUAUACAGUCGCUGUUAAGUGACCCGAACCCGAAUUCACCUGCCAACUCAAUGGCAGCACAACUGUACAAAGAGAAUCGACGUGAAUACGAGAAGCGAGUGAAGGCUUGUGUGGAGCAGAGUUUUACGGAUUAGUCGCAGGCAUUAUCACAAUGCUGUUGCAGCAUCACCCAACCAUCUACAGCUAACAAAUACUGUGGAGAAUGUGCAGCCUUAUCAAGAAGCUAACGCUAUAAAUUAGCAUGUUUCUUCCUAAAGCUCUAUUGAACUAUUACAAUGUGCAACAUUAGACCGAAUUUUUACAAUGUUGAAUAAUAAAUUAUUAUAAAAUUGUA